AUGGACGGCGUCAGUGCAGCAGCCUCUGUGGUGGGCGUCCUGACAGCCGCUUUACAAAGCGCCCAAGCCCUAUCGAAGAUGAUUGACGACAUCAAGGGUGUCCCCAGCGAAAUUGCAGCCAUUCACAGGGAUCUCGAGGCGGUGACAUCCGUGCUCCAUCGGCUGGAGCCUUACUUACGAGAUGGCGAUGGGAGUUCCCAGGAUGGGCCGGCCAUGAGCUCCAUGCCAGACAUAGCCUUAGCUGUCAACAAUUGCCGCACUUCGUGCGACCAAUUUCAGGCGCUCUUGAAGCGGUGGCUAAGGCAUUCGACCGAAGACAAGAUGUUUUGGGUUGACAGGUGGCGAAUUGGUCUGUUUGGCCAGAGCAGGACGAAGGCAUUCCAAGCACGACUCUUUGGCUACAAGGGGACGCUCGCCUUGGCGUUGCAGACUGAUACUGUGAUGCGGACAAUCCGUCAAGGGUUCGUGAUGGAGGAUAGGAAGAAGACGAUGUUGCAAACCCUCGAGCAGGAGGUUGGAAAUGAGAUUGCCCGUGUCACAGAGGAGGGUAGAGACAUCGACGCAAGAUGCCGGGAGGUCUCCCUUUAUCAGGAGGCGCAGCCGAAAACAGAUGAAGAGCUUGAAAAGCUCAGACAGGACGCUCAGGGGGAAUUCCAGCUCCUUCGAGAGGCGAACCAGCAGCUCCAGAAGGUGUGUGAAGAAGCUCUCAGGAAGGUUGUAUCCGCGCGCACAGGGCAGAACAUCAAGGGUGUCAGGGCCACCAAUGAAAGUGCGGUCUUGACUGGAUAUAUCAACACGGAAGAACUCGGACAGACACAUCGGGUAUCGGUGGUAUGUUCCCCCGAUAUCCCAAUUGAGGUUGCUCCAUCUGCCAACCAACAACUCAACACCGCCGUCCCUCCGACGACUGACCGAAGCAUGUACAGUAUCCCUCCACAUGCCUCUCCCGGUGUCUCCCGACGACCACGACCAAGAUGCCCAGAAGGACCCUGGCCCCGCGCCGCCCGAACUCCCGAUAGUCUUCGCCGACCCGUCCGACCCCUUCACCCCGAAACUGCUCAUCGUCGAGCUCCUCCGCACCAGCUACUGCAUCCCCGGCUCUAUCUUCCUCGUCGAGGACGUCACGAUCGCCCCCCUCCCGCGGUCGACGCGAUGGCGAGCCGUCCGCCUCGUCCUCGGCGACGGCGACCUGUGCAUCCAGGCCCUGCUGCGCCCUGA